AUGAGGCAGGUUAGUGCUCCACUGUUUCGUGAUCCAGCCUGGCAGGACAAUUUGUGGGAUCGUCAGCUGCGACUGGACCUGCUCGAGAUCGCGCAGGACCGUUUGAAGAUCGCGAGGUUUUGGCGCAUGCUGCUGGAAGGUGCGGGUUAUGGUCCAGCCUCCAACGAGUGGAGGAGGCCUGUUGUGCAAUUGUUGUUCGCGCGGGUUAAUACUGCAAAGCGGCAGCUGCAACUUGUGCUGGAGCAGCAGGGGCUCGCUCAAGACCAAUGGAAGGAAGCUGGUGUGCAAGUCGAUGAGUUGGCAGCUGGCUUGGUUCCCCUUUUGGUCGAGGUGCGGGCUAUGGUCCGGCCUCCAACAAUUGAACGAGGCCUGUUGUGCAGCCGUUGUUGCGCGGGUUUGCAUUGCAACUUGCUGGUGGAGAGAACCUCCGUUGCCACCGUGCGGCGUAGUGCUUUGGUUCAAAUUCUGGAGAGAUUCGCAAUGCCGCCAGAGAAGCGCCUCGCCGCUGGGCAGCCGGAGGAGGGCGUCAAUGCGAGUUUCUUGGAAGUUUGGUUGGCGGAAAGUGCUUGGGAGCAACAGCUGCGACUGGCGCUGCAGGAGAAGGAGACGGCGCUGCAGGAGAAGGCGAUAGCAGUGGGGAUAUUGCAGAAGGCCGCAGAGGCCAACGACGAGACGAAGAUCAAAGCGGCCAAGGAGGAGGUCGAGGCGGCCGAGACGAAGAUCAAAGCGGCCAAGGAGGAGGUCGAGGCGGCCGAGAAGAAGGUCGCGGCGGGUCCAGCCCAGGAAUUGCCCGGACCGACUGUGCCGGUGGAUUUGGGCGAUUUCGGGCUCCUCGAGCUUGGGGAGUUCAAGGCCGACGAGCUGCUCGACGUCAAGCAGUUCAUGGACUUCGUGGCACCCAACACGACCGCUGACAGACCGCUCUUCCUGCGAAAGCAUCUCCUCAACGUGCACAACAAGGCAGUGGAGGCUUUGCAGGCGGAGAAGAUUCGCCUGGUGUCGCUGGUCGGCUGCCCCGGCACCGGCAAGACGUGGUGCGGGUGGCUGGUGGCCUACACCCUGCAGAAGGUGGGCAAGAAGACCCUGCACCUCACCAUCAGGAACUCAGACGUGACGGCCAUCGCCAACUUCCAGGUGAAGAAGCAGUACGAGGAGGUGAGCUGGAACGGGCACAUGCUCAAGCAGGUCCUGAGAGAGUCGAAGUGCCAGGUCUGCAUCGUGGACGUGAGCAUGGACCUCGCUGAUGACGCGACUCGCAUCUUCACCGGGGUCCGGCAGCUGAUCGAGCGGAACGAGAACGAGUUCGCUGACGUGAAGUUCAUGGGGCUGAUGUCCGGCCACGGUGAGACCAAGAUCGUUGGCAAGCCGUCCCUUCACCUGUCGCCGUGCAAGCUGGUUCUUUGGAGCUGGACAAAAGACGAGGUGGAGGAGCUUCGUGAGAAGUUGGGUGACGCUGGCGCUCCGCCUGCGCAGGCGUAUGCAGUUUGUGGUGGAUCCGUGCGGUUUCUCUUCAAGCCUGGCGAUGAAGAGGGGGUCAUUCGAGCAGCCGUAGGGGGCUUGGAGCAAGCAGACAUGAAAAGGUUGCUGGCCCUGGAUUUGGGCCUGGACGAUGUUGACAAGAAGCACCGCACGGGACUUCUGUCGUUCUUUCCCCGAAAAGGUUCCCACGCAAACGAUGAGAGCUUCGCGCAGGGCGUCAGCGCAGCACGGCCGAUGCCCCGCUCCGACUUCGUCAUCAAGUGCAUCAAGCAGAACAAGCACGCGAAGUUUGAGGAGGUGUUGAACAUGUACAAGGAGCUCUCGAGCAUGAACGCAGGCGCCGCCGGCUGUGCCUUCGAGCUCUUGGUCCACCUGUUUUGGCGGGAUGCUGAAGCGACAGAGCAGAAGGUCGAGCUUUCACUUACGGGCAAGGAGAUCGCCAAGGAGGUGGACGUGGAUUGCAAACAGUUCAAGAAGUUGGAGGAGAAGCCUAAAAGUAUCGAAGACUAUAACAAGGAGGCCGUCGCAGUCGUCGAUGACAUUGUGGGCUACUUCACGCCUGACAGCCCGCAAUAUGCUGUGCUCGACAGCAUUCUCAGGUUCAAGUUUGGCGGGAAGACCGAGGUGUUGGCCAUCCAGAUCAGCAUUGCAAAGGAGCACAAGCAUGGCCCGCUUGAAGACCGGCCGCAGUUGCUGCCCCCUGCGCCAACCAAGCCGCAGUUGGCUUUGUGGGACUUUCGCAAGGGAGAGAAACCCUGCGAGUGGAAGCCCAAAGAUUCUCAUGACUGGGAGCUGCUGCACGUUAGCUGCCAAGACUUUGACAAGCGGAUGGGGUGCAGUUGA